AUGUCUGUGAUGUCCAAAAAGCCUUCAGAAUCUGUAUUUGAAGCUUCUUCCAUAGAUGAUUCAACGUUGUGGCCAGAAUGGUCCGAUGCGGCGUUAAACAAGGAAAAUUGGGCUCAUCCCAAAAAUGGACCGGAUGGUUUGUUUCUCGAUACACAGCUCGUUCAAUUACCCCCAUCUUUAGUACCUCAUAAGUGGAUAAGAGCAAAGAAUUUAGACAAUCUAAAUGGACAACUGACAGUAUUUGUCGCCAAUUCAAAGAGUUCAGACCAUAUCGCGAAUAACAAACACUUAUUACACAGUCAGGUAAUCUAUGUUAAUUCAGAUAUGCCCGUACUUUCUAACAAAAUCUUUCAAAGCAAAUACGUCGUAAGAUUAUAUUUCUUGGGAGCUUGGCGUCGGAUUCUCGUGGAUGAUAUGAUACCAGUGAAUGAAGAGAAAGUACCACUUUUACCUCGAACUACUAAUAAUUUUGAAUUAUGGCCCAUGCUUCUUUCAAAGGCUCUAUUGAAAUUGUGCUCUUUGACCUGGACGGACUAUUACGAGAUCGUAGAUUUCCAUCCUGUCACGUGUUUAACAGGAUGGGUUUGUUUGCGAUUAGAGGUAGAAUAUCUGUCACCCCAAGAUAAAUGGGACUUUUUGAGACGGUAUGCAGACCAUUUCGAAUGGGAAGCGGAAGUUACAGAGCAGCAAAGUCAGGAAGCUUCGAGGUCUAAGGAAAGUAAAGAGGAGAGAAAGUCUAAAGAAACGACGAGGACGAAAAAAUCCAAGGAUACGAAUCUUACGAGAAGAUCCAACAACACUGCUGAUACGAAAAAGUCCAAGAAAACCGAUCGAUCGAGGAAAUCGAAUAAUAAUCAGAAGCUCAGCGCCUUGAUUAAGCCACAACCAGUUACUCUGUUUCUCGGUUUGAAAGAUAUGAAUGAAGUAUCUUCAGAAAUUGUGCCGGAAAUAGCACCAUGUUGGGAUCAUUUUAUUUAUAUAGCUCAGUCACGCGAUAUUCCGUUGGAUCCGAAAGAUGUGAAGCCUCCGUUAGCAAGAUGGAAAUUUUAUCGUUGGUUAAAAUGGGCGAUCAAUGAAGGAAUAAUCGAUCCGGUUGAAUACUUCGUACCGAUUCGAUCCCUGAAAAUAGUCAGCCCUUUGAGGAAAUGCGAGGAUAGCGUGAUGAACAAAUACAUCACGACAACUAUAGAGGAUGAUCUUCAAGACGAAACUGUCAAUGAUAAAUCGAAAACAAACGAAACGAGUCAGAAAGAUAGGGCUCGUGAAAUGUCGAAGGAAGAGAAGAAAAUUUCGGUAGAUUUUUUAGAGGACAUUAGCUUCUGGGCAGAUUUUAACAAAAUGGAACCCUACGUGAAAGACGUACAUUUUUUCUAUAAACUAGAUUACUUUCAAUACAGUAUGAAACUGUCAGAUCGAUUUGCACCGAAACAACCAAACGAUGAAAAAUCUGAAACUAAAAAAGAGAGUAAGAAGGGUAGCAGGAGAAGUUCACCGUCUAAAACAACGUUCAAAGACUCUGAAUUCAUCGACACUUAUAGUUGGCCUCAAAAAAUGUCAAAAACCAGAAACGAGCCGCUAUAUGUCUUCACCGAUUCGUUGGAAGAGAAGUUCUUUCUCAUCGACUUUGCAACAUUCCAAAUUUCCAUCGAAAUUGUCGAAGACGUCGACGAUGAAACUGCAAUCCCCAGAACGAAAUUAAAGGGAAAUAAAGAUUGUCUAAGUAUAGAAGAGCAUUGUUGGUUUCGCAAGCCAGAAAAAUCCAUCUUGGUCUCCGUUUUAACUGCUGGGACUAAAUCAACCGUGAUGGAAAUAGAUCGAGGGAGACACCUUUUACGAGUUUACUGUCACUCAGAAUCCGAUUGCUUCAUAUCUAUCUCAUCGGAUACGGUUUUCCACGUGGGGGACAGGCGAAGGAUGUAUCAACUAAUGUGCACAGAAUCUGAAACGGUCGAUCAGAUGGCAAGGCACAUCAGCAACUCCGUCUGUAGCGUCUAUCAAGCGUUUGGCACUGAAAGAUACUCGGAAGCCUUGAAGAUUUACUACAAAAGCUACUUGCCACCGGUUGAAGAUCGAAAGGUGAGGAACAAGUUGUUCUAUAAUCAGAUACACGACUACUUUAUCGAAGAACAGGUACAAUUAAUUAGAAAAAUCAUGCCUGAAGACGAGGUUCCAGAUAUUCUACGAGCUCUGAGAAUAUUUUUUCUGAAUCAUACUGUUGGUUUAGAAUGCUUCAAAGACGCAACGAUCGUGCUGAAGAACUUAAGAUACGCUAGUCAGCAUCCCACGGAAAAAAUUAUUGUACAAAAUAAGGCUGCAACUGUUAUUCAAGCCUUUUUCAAAACGAUUACCAUUAGAAGAUAUUUGAAAAUACAUAAUCCUCGUCACGAACAGCAUAAUCAAGUUUUACAGAAUCUACUGAAAAUUGCAGAAUUAUAUAAUUAUAAUAAGCGAGAAUCUUUAGCUAAUCAGGUACUGAGGAAUAUAUUGAAGCAUCGUGAUAAAUUACAUGAUAUAUACUAUUGUUCUAAAGACUUCGACUACACCUUGCAAACGCAAGAAUUGAAAGGGACGUUGACAAAUAUCACGCCAAACCAAUGGCUCCCUAUUAUAAGACUCGUGGUGAAUCCUCAACCCUCAGAGACAGUGUUUGCCAGUAUAGAUUUAUUUGUUAACCUACCAAAGUAUAGUGUACGCGUGUUUAAAAAUGAGACAGGUAAAGAAAUACAACGAGUGGUAAACAAUGUGGUACCAACUCGGUACCAGCAUACAAAACUAGGUUACACUAUUUUCUGUUAUGGUUGGAGCGAAGAUCAGACGUUGCAAGAGUUACCUUGGUCCUUAAAUAUAAUUACAAUGAAAGGACAACCUGUGUUCUAUUUUCUAAUUGACGAAGUAUCGUUUCUCACGAUUAACAUGCCUCCUAUAUUAGCUAUAGAAGAAUUAUCCAACAGUUAUAUUCCUAAUUCGAGAAAUUAUAUUUCGAAGUGGAUCGUUCGAGUGGUGAAACCUAGCUUGGUCUCGUUUAGAUUAAGAGUAUCGUACGAGAAAGUAAGAAUGAGAUUGAGAGUUACGGAUGAGGAAGGUCAAGUGUUGUCGCAAAUAAAAGGUACUUGUGUAGUUAUUUUGCCGAUGGUGUAUUUGGAAUUUCGAAGAAAAUCUACUGAAAUUACGCUUCAAAGGGAUAAUUCUGAUAACAUCGAUGAAGAGAAUUCUAGCGAAGAAAAAGUUGAUAGCAACGAAAGUAGAAGUAAGGAUGAUGCGAUACCUCACACGAUUUAUCACGUAGAAGCCUCAGUGCUUGAAAACAGCUGGCCAUUGACCGAAACAGAAUGGAGUCUUGUGUCGGAAUUUAAAGUGAAACCGACAGGCUCUGUUAUUAAAAAGAAACUACCACCUUUUUCGAAUACAGGAAGACUGUCAAAGAGUGAGUCGUUAAGGUCGAGGAGAGUUUCGAAGCAGUCUGUUGAAAGUGUUCCGGCUGUCGAAUCGUCUUAUUGGGUUCUUCAAGUAGUUACUGAUUCUGGAAGCGAAUUAAAGAUAUCCCAAGAUAGGACGAAGGAAAGGGAGAUAGCGAGGAUGAAGGAAGCCUGGGCGAAAGAGAAUCCUGACAGCUUGCAGCGUGGUAGAGAACUCCGUGAAGCUUUCAUAAAGAAACACGAGAUCAAGUCCAAAUGCUCAACGGAUUCGUUUGGAAAGAAACCUUCGAGUCAUCUCGAGAAGUCGUUGACGAAAAGGGAGAGCCAUCGUUUGUCGCACAUCGAGACAUCCAGGAUUUCAAUGGCUCAUUUGGAGAAGAGGACGUUGAAGCCACCUCCGUCCCUUCGUAGACUUCCACCCUUGGAUUUGACUAUCUACGAGGUCAAAGAGAACGAGGAGGACGAAGCAUGGGUAAAGACGGAGUCGGAUGAAGAAAUGCUGCGGAAUAUUCGUACAAUGAAUAUCUUGUACGCUCAAGAAGACUACGCGUAUUUUCUCGAAAAUCUGAACAACCUAUAUAAAAGACAGAAGUACCAAUACGAAACAUUGUAUGGAAGAUAUAUAGAUGCAUUUUUUGAUAGAAGAGGAAUGUUGGAAGACGUGUACGAAGCUCGAAAAGGAUAUAUAGCUAGUACGAAGCCUGUAGCUGCUUCGAGCACCAAGUCUACUAAGAGGAGCAAGAAAUCUAAGAAAACUUAG